UUGGAUGACUGUUGAAGGAAGCGAAGAAGAGAAGACAAUAUAAUCGAGUGCCUACUGUGACCGUGAAGCUGUAUUAAUAGUGUAGUGAAUGCAAUUCAUAAAUUAUUUGCUUUGUAAACUGAAAGUUAUCUCUUAGUUAGCCUUAAAUCAAGUUAAAUGUAAUGUUAUCGCCUGUUCCGGUCAUCACCCGUAUGUUCAGUGUGUCCAGGCGAGUGUUAUGGAAAUCUGCCCCAAGUCUCUCUGAGCUGCUCAGACCGACAUCCCCCGGAAUGACAUGUGUUUUGGCAGUUGGCAAGAAGAACCUGCCGGAUUUUCCUGUCCUGAUUGAGGAUGAACUCGAGGAGCAAUUUGUGAGAGGAUCCGGGCCCGGAGGACAGGCUACUAACAAAACCAGCAACUGUGUUGUGCUCAAGCACAUCCCCACGGGGAUUGUUGUGAAGUGCCAUCAGACCAGAUCUGUGGAUAUAAAUCGAAAGCGUGCCAGGGAAAUUAUGAGAGAGAAACUUGAUGUUGCAUAUAAAGGAGAACUCAGUGAACUACUCAUGAUGAAGAAAGAGUCUAUGUUAAAGAAGCAACAAAAGAGGAAGAAGGUGAACGAGAAUCUGGAAAGAAAAAGACUGUUUAAAGAGAGUCUGGCUACAGACUCCAAACCUGGAAAUGACACUGUUUAAAAUGUUUAUGUUGAAAAUAAAAUAUGGACCGAAAUACCUAAAUGAACUUGUAUUUAUAUGUACAGUGACUAAAGAGUAAUGUCUGAAAAAAGUACUGUUGUCAGGAUUAAAUAUCAAACAACUUUU